GCAGUUUUCUCUCUCGCUCUCUCUCUCUUUCUGUUGUGUGUGUGUGGGGGGAUUCCUGAAUGGAGUUAAGAUGGAGGACCAGAUCGUUAUAAGGAUGUAAAUGAUCGCAGAGAGGCUUCUUUUUUUUGGGGGGGGCAUAUUAAAGAAAACAUUCCAGCAGCCCCCCACCUCCCUCCCUUCCUUCCUUCCUCCUGCCCGGAUUUAUGGAGGGUGUUACAACACUACAACAUGCAUAGGAAAGGCAAUGGAGAGCUCCCUUUGCCGGAUGGUUGGGAAGAAGCGAGAGAUUACGACGGUAAAGUCUUCUACAUUGACCACAACACCAAGCAGACCAGCUGGAUCGAUCCCCGCGACAGAUUCACCAAGCCCCUGACGUUUGCGGAUUGUGUGGGAGAUGAGCUCCCUUUGGGUUGGGAGGAUGCGUAUGAUCCUCAGAUUGGCAUCUUCUACAUUGACCACAUCAACAAAACCACCCAGUUGGAGGACCCACGGGCACAAUGGAGGAAAGAGCAGGAGCGAAUGCUGAAGGAUUACCUAAUGGUGGCACAGGAUGCGCUCAGCACUCAGAAGGAACUCUACCAAGUUAAGGAGCAAAGGCUGGCCCUCGCCAUUGAUGAGUACAUGCAUCUCAAUGAUGUCUGGAAAGACAAGUCUAGUUCCCGGACCAGUUUGUUCUCAGGAUCUUCGUCAAGCACCAAGUAUGAUCCUGAUAUCCUCAAGGCAGAAAUAUCAACCACAAAGGUCCGGGUAAAUAAGCUGAAAAGAGAACUUUCCCAGAUGAAACAAGAGCUGUUGUACAAAGAGCAAGGGUUUGAAACACUACAGGAAAUUGAUCGGAAGAUGUCUGGAGGACAGAGCAGUUAUGAGCUGAAAGAGGCCAAAGCCAUCUUAAGUGAGCUGAAAACCAUCAAGAAGGCCAUCAGUACUGGCGAGAAAGAGAAACAGGAUCUGAUGCAGAGUCUUGCCAAACUAAAGGAUCGAUUCCUUUCCAGCCAGAGUGUGCGAACCUUCGAGUCAGAUUUGCUCUCCAAUCGAACCAAUUCACACCUCUCUACCUCCAGGCAAUGCCUAGAUGCAGGCUCACAAACGGACAUCACUGGUGAUUUUGGUCCAAGGAGCCGAGCCAAUCUGGCUGAAAAAGUCAGGUUAAGUCUUCAGUAUGAAGAGGCAAAGAGAAGAAUAGCAAACAUAAAGAUUGAAUUGUCGAAGCUGGACUCUGAUGUCUGGCCAGGGAUGCUUGAUGUUGAGCGAGACAAGCUGAUGUUGAUUAAUGAGAAGGAAGAACUGCUGAAGGAACUGCAGUUUGUGACCUUGCGGAAAUACUCCCGGGAUGACUUAAUGCGACUGGAAGCAGAGAGGAAGCGGUUGGAAGAGGAGCUGCAUUCUGCACCAAACACACCCAGUGAAGCACUGGCUGAGAGACUAAAAUUACACGAGAAGAGGAAAAGGCUUGUGCAGCAUCUUGAAGAUACAACACAACUAAUCAUGUAUCUACAUUCCCAACUUAAAAGCCUUUCAGCCAGCACACUGUCCGUGUCGUCCGAGAGCAGUCUGGGGUCUCUGACGUCCAGUCGAGGGUCGCUCAACACUUCCAGUAGAGGAUCUCUAAACUCGCUCAGUUCCACCGAGCUUUACUACAACCAGUCAGAUCAAACACCUGACCUGGACUACCAGUACAAACUCGACUUUAUGCUACAGGAGAAAGCCAGCUACAGUCCUUCGGGGCCCAUAACCACCAUCCAUGAGAACGAGGUGACCAAAUCCCACAAAAAGCCAGCCUUUGAGGACUCCGCUGAGUCCUCUGCUUCGGGACUCGCUGUGAAAUCCUUAGUUGAGCCUCCCAAAUCGGUAACCUCGUUGUCGUCCAGGUCCUCGCUGUCUUCUUUGUCUCCUCCCAGCUCACCGCUGGUCUCGGAUGCAGCGUUUCUGUCUUCAGCGCAGGUGUCACCUUUGCAUCACCUCACGGCUGACUUCGAAGACUGUGAAUUGCACCGUGGUUUCUCCAGUCUGGGCCUCUACGGCAACAGUGACAGCCACGUACUGCUGCAGCCUGAGCAGGCCAGUAGGACUCAGCCACCCUACCUGAGCAUUGUGUCUGACAUUCGGAGCAGAACUGGACCAUACCUGAAUGAGGUUACAGGCCUCAAUGAUGAAUUGGCAGUCCCUCUUUGUACCCUAAAUGAAGGCAUUGCAGGUGUUGAUUUACAGGGAGGAGCAGUGGGACAUGGUGUCGAAGAGAAAGCAGCAUGUGUCUCUGCUGCCGUUUCUGAUGAAUCUGUGGCCGGGGACAGCGGGGUGUAUGAAGCUUCUGUCAAACGGCCAAAUGAAAGGGAAGAUGCCAUUUAUGAUGAGGAUGAACCUUCCACAUUAGAGGCAGCUCAAAUCCAGAUAGGACUGAAGUAUGAUCCCACCAGUGCAAGUUUUAUCAUAAUCGCCGUGCAGCUGAGGAAUGUGACAGCUCUCCUUGUGCCACCCGGAUGUAAAGUAUACAUCAGAGCUGCAUUGCUUCCAAGCUCAUGUGAUUCCAGCAGUCUAUUCCGCACAAAGGUUCAUUGUGUUGCAGAGAUUCUUACCCUCAAUGAGGUUUUCAGGGUAGCUAUUACCCAAGCUGCUUUACAUCAGAAGACACUGCGAGUUGACGUUUGCUCUGUGGGGAAGACACUGUUGGAAGAUUGUCUGGCUGGAACCCAGAUUAGCCUGGCAGACUUCUCCACCCGUGGGGACACCUCAACAAGCUGGUACAAUAUGCUACAUUACAAGAACAUGAACAUUCAUAAUCCAAAGAACAAAGCACAAACUGAGGAAGUUUCACUGAGACCUCAGCCUUGCAGCACUACAGACAAGCAGGAUGCUGUGUCUGCAUUGCUGGAGAGGACAUCUGUUGAACUGCAGGCGGUAGAACAGGAACUGGCUAUUGAAGAGGAAGAGGAUGCUGAAGCAGGCGAAGACUGGCGGGAAAUGCUGAUAGAGGAUACCGCUGAGGCACAGGAAGGAGGAAGUGGCGUUAACAAAGAGUCAGAAGUGGAAGAGAUUGCAGCGGGAUUGAUUUUAUUGCAAGAAACGCCCCCAAGUAUGACUGAUGACGAAAGAGGUGGGGUGAUGGAGUCAGACACAAUGCUGCCAAUGCUGGUCGACAAAGAAAUAAACACAGAGGAGGCUAUGGUGGAGUACAUGGCUGUCAGGCCUAAGGACAAGUCCAAUCUGAACAAUAGGCAAAAGCAUUUUGUGAGGAACAGCAUGAUUGUAAGAUCCCAAACAUUUUCUCCAGGAGAAAGAAAUCAGUACAUUUGCAGGGUGUCGAAAACAAAUGCCUCAACCAAGAAGAUAGAUGAGCGCAGUGUGGUAGACAUUGUCUCCAUGGAUUUUGGCAAGGCCAUCAACAAGUUUCCUUAUGGUAAACUGGUCAGUAAGGUUACAUCACACGGGAUCCAGGGAGAGCAAGCCAACUGGACAAAAAAUUGGCUUAAUGGGUUGCUAAAUGAAUUCACUUCAUUACUGGAGUUUGCUACUGAAGACAAACCUCUCUUGAUUACUCUGGAUGGUUUGGACGAGUUAUCUGAUGAUUACAAUGCUUGGAACCUUUCCUGGUUGCCAAGAGAACUGCCAAAAAAUGUCUAUUUCAUUGUUUCUAUGUCCGUUGAGGAGGAUCAGACAACACUAAAGAAGUUGAAAGAACAUGGGAACAUUCUUCAUGUGCCACCACUCAGCACCACUGAAAUAGAGAAAAUAAUAGGUUAUUGGUUGGAAAAAGACCAUCGAAGACUUACAACUGACCAGCUGCAUUUACUGUUGGAAGCCUGCUCUGCCUGUCCUACCCCUCUCUAUCUCCAGUGUGCAUACAGGGAGUCCCUCAAUUGGCAAUCCUCCAUCCCAGUCUCAGACAUAUUUCUGCCCCAAAGUCUACAUCAGUUGUAUUCAGCCAUUCUUAGUAGAAUGGAGAAGGAACACGGAGUAGAGCUUGUGAAGAAAGUAGUGGGGUUGCUGACGUUGUCAAGAAAUGGCAUCACGUUGGUUGAAAUGACUGACCUGCUAUCUCUGGACCGGGUGGUCAUGCAGGAGAUCCAGCAGUUCCAAAAUGUCUCAAUUCCCAAGUUCCCUCUGGUACUUUGGAUGAAACUUCUAAGAGACUUGAACAUCCACAUUACAGAGUGCAGGACAGACAACACUUAUACAUUUAACUGGUCUCAUUCAGCACUGAAACUUACCUGCUUGAAGAGGUACUUCUUAUCCAGUGAUACCCAACUAGCUUUACACAUGACCAUAGCAAACUACUUUUUGGGGAAACCAACUAUUCUCCCAGGAGAAUCAAACAACUGUAGUCAGCAAGAGGAGCCAAACGGUCACCCUCUGGCCUGGGUGCUUGAAAAGGAUUCUGAAGUCAACCGUAUGUUUAAUCUACGGAAGCUGAACGGAAUUCCAUACCAUCUUUUGAGGUCGAAUCAAGUAUCGACCCUGAUAGCUGACUGUCUUUUUAAUUUUGAGUUUUUGCUACACAAAGCGUGGGGUAUGUCUAUUGUCAGUGUGGAGGAAGAUCUCAAAGCAACAAUGCUGCUAGAGAGGUAA